CCAAAUUCCCCGAGAAUUCAAGUACGGCUCAUAACGUUUUCCCUCCUGCUCCAAAAGCUUGGGUAGGGUUUCUAACGCAAACUCCAAAACCCUCUCUGUCUCUCUCCCUCUUCCUUCGUUAUCAUCAUUGUCUUCGUUGCAGAUAAGCUUUCAUCGCACGCGAAGGCUGAGUUAUGGGGAGGGGAAAAUUUAAGGGGAAGCCCACGGGCCGCAGGCACUUCUCCACUCCUGAAGAGAUGCUUGCUGGAACCUCUACCCGACCUCGCACUUUUAGACAGGAAGAAGAGUCUGAAGAAGAGGUAGAAGAGGAAUCAGAAGAGGAAUCCGAAGAAGGAACCGAGAAAAGAAAAGGAGCACAAGGUGUCAUUGAGAUUGAUAACCCUAACUUGGUGAAACCAAAAUCUAUCAAAGCGAGAGAUGUUGAUGUGGAGAAAACAACGGAGCUCUCAAGGCGUGAAAGAGAAGAAAUAGAGAAACAAAAAGCUCAUGAGAGAUACAUGAGGCUUCAGGAACAAGGAAAAACUGAACAAGCAAGAAAAGAUUUAGAGAGGUUAAACCUGAUACGACAACAGAGAGCAGAGGCUGCCAAGAAACGGGAAGAAGAGAAGGCCGCUAAAGAAUCGAAGAAAGCCGAGGCUCGCAAGUGACCACAUAAAUCAAUGAUGCAUGAUAUACAAGUGAAAGUAGUUUGUUUGUUAGUAUAAGCAAAACGUUUCAAAUGGAAUAUCAAUUGUUGGUGCAACUUCAGUGGCCAUAACCUAAUAAAACUCUUGACUAUACUCCAUGCAAGUGCUCUCCUUGCUGAUAGUAUUCCUUAGCUAUUCUUGCCCUUUUCAUUAGCAUACGAUUUAAAUCUAAAAGAAAUUAUUGGCUUUGCUUUUUCUUC